AUGUCUCAAAAAGACGACAAGAAGAUCACCAAGACGCAAACCAACCGCCUGCCAGCACCUGCACUAUUCGUCGGUCCGCCCUCACACAAUGCCUCGAAUACAUCACUCCACGAGAUGCGCAGUCCCACAAAGACGCCCCUCAUCCGCCAGCGCUCCCUCCUCUCCCCAGACUCCAAGCGACCCCUUCCCCCAACAACGAGCAACGAGGGAGAACACCUCAGCCCCACCUCUACCAAUCCAUCCGCACCCUUCCAGCGACGCCAGCGACAACACAGCCAAGCAGCCGAUGCCGAAGCCUCAUCUCGCGCCGAAGCAAUAUGGGCCGAGAUGCAAAACACGCUCGAAGAGGUAGAAUUAAGCGCCAUCAAAGGCCCCGGAAUGACAGUCUUUGGCUCCGAACACUCGCGCGCACUAGACGAACUACGCAAAGCACAAAUCGAACUCGCAAAAGCCUGGGCACGUUCUGAAGAAGACGAGCAAACACCCGAACAGCAGAAGAAGUCUCAGGAUAGUAAAGCAACGGAUUUGCAACCACAGAGUCUUGCUAACCACCCCCGCGAUGGCACUGGGGGUUCUACAAAGGGCGAGAAGCUUUUUGAUAGGAUUAAGCUGGAGGAAGAGACGGAGAAGGAUAUCGAGUUGAGUCGGAAGCGGAGAGAGGAGAACGAUAGGUAUUUUGAGAAAGUGAAUAAAGGGGUGCAGGAGGUGGUUGUGAGGUUGGAAGAGGUGGCUAAGGCGAUGAGGGGGGUGGAGAGUGAGAGUAAGGAGAUUUGGGGACAUGGAAGUGAUGAGAGUGUUGAGACGGCCAGUGUUACGACGGUGCCGAGUGUGACUUGA